AUGGCUGACCAAGCUCUUGACCAGAUCCGAGACGUUGUCGAUGGACAGAUUGACUUUGAAGGACAGAAGCUCGUCGAGUUCCUCGCUACAGCUCUUCUCAUCGUUUCUGGUCUGAUCUCGUUCGUUGUCGGUUACAUCCUCCAAGAUAUCAAGCUGGCUGUAUACCUAGGAUUGGGAGGUACAGCCCUGACCUUCCUCGUCGUGGUGCCAGCUUGGCCAUUCUACAACAAACACCCUGUCAAGUGGUUGCCAGCAGGUUACGCGUACGAUCUUGCAAGCAAGGGAAAUCAAUAG